AGUCAGUGACGGCCGAAUUGAGAAACUAUGACGCAAGGUGCAGCGACAGAUGGCGACACCGUCGCCGAGCACCGACCGGUGGAGGCUGUCCCCGAGUCGGAGGGACGGGAGCGACUGCUGAGGCGCGGCGAGGAGAAAACACCCGUCAUGGCUGACACGACAUCGCAGACCUCCGGGGAAGGUGAAGACGGGGGCUCAAGACGCAGCAGCGGUCAGCGCAGUCAACUGCCGACCCGGGUCAGUCAGCUGAGCCGCCAGCUGUCUUCAUCCGGCGCCUCAGGCGGCUGGUCCACCCUGCCCCGGUCCGGCAGGGAACGCGAGCGUCUCAGCCAGCGGAGGGCGGUGACCAGCAACACUUUCCUGCUGCGGGACUCGGGGCGGGCCAAACCUCUGCGGCGACCGGCGAGUGCUGCUGAUGUGGACCGAAAGGAAGGGCUAGGGGGUAUGUCGGCAGUACCUACUGCCGCAGUCAGCACACCUUCACUGGCCUCACCUUCAGCCUCAGCGACUCCGAGACCGAGCAGCGCACUGAGAACUUCUUCUAGAGCCGAGAGCCUGCCGCGUAAGCAGUCCAGAGUGACAAUCCUGACAGAGGAAGAGAAGCGGAAACGAGAGCUUGGCUGGAACAGUCCCCAGAACCUAUCCAAGUCCAUGCCUCGGCUCUCGCGCCCAUCGCCCACAACGAGAAAGUCCUCAGCGCCGGUGGUGGAGCGUCUAACCCGACCUGCGCCCCUCAAGAAAUCCCAGAGCUUCGCCAGCUCGCAGCCCACCAUCAAGGAAGCUGCGGAGGAGAAAUCGUUCUCCCGAGGGGCCAGUGUGAAACUGACGGCUUCGGGUGGGAAAGCGGUAGCAGCCAAAGUUCAGACUGGAUUACGGAAAGUGUCGCCGUCUUCAGAAAAUGGCAAGCCUGCGACAGUAACCACAGCAAAAGCAUCCACAAGUGCAACAGGAAAAGCAUCAGUCAGUAGCAAAACUUCUUUUACGAGGGUCACAUCUCCUGGUAUGCGAGUAACACCCUCUCCUGGUUCCAGGGUCACCUCUCCGGAGGCUCGCGUCAUAUCUCCUGACUCCAGGGUAACAACUCCUGAUUCCAGAGUAACCUCGCCAAUAUCCAGGAACGCCUCACCUGCCACGUGUUCCCUGCCUGCCUCGUGUCGGAAGCGAUCUCGGUGCUCUGCGGUGUCCGAUGCAGAGUCAGCCAGCGGCUCCUGUCGCCGCAGUUCGCAGCCUAAGCUCAGCGAUCCGUCCUUGUUCCGACCUCCGAGCAGUUUGGCCAAGCUGUCGGUGACAGCGAAAUCACCGCCACCGAGUUUCAGUCGGGCUGCCAUUCCCAAAGAGGCGGGGACCGAGAAACAGAAGGAACGCAAGCAAUCCGAGGCCAGUCGGGAUGCUAACACUGUUGAUAACAACCAAAAUGCUGAGCAGCAUGUCGGUCAUAAUGAUAGUGGUGUGGAGAUUGUCGGAAUGGAGACAAAGAAACAGGAUGUGACAGAUUCUGAAGAAACUGCUAACAAGACGUAUACACUGAGUGAAACAACGGUGAAACGGGUGGAAUUUUCUUCGAAUGAAGUGUCUUCAGGACGCGCUACAAAGACUGACGGGAAGGAACCCACUGGAGAGUCUGAGUCCAUCAGCGCUGCAAUCACUCGCGAAAAGCUCUCACUCACGGCUGAGCUUCCUUUACCGUCCUCCAACCUGCCCAGUCCCGACGCCCACGACCUGAGUCACGCCACGUCUGCCAGCGAGGAGACCGGUUACGUGAGUUCUGCGUCCCACAGUCCGCCGAGUCGAUCGGCGUCGGGAUCCCGCGCCAUCGGCAUGGUGUCGGCAGAACUGGUCAGAAGGUACGGAGGCGGGUCCUCCGCUCUGAAGGAGCAGGCGUCCAGGAGGGACGUAAGUGCUGAAGGCAGGGAAGGAACUUCGGUGACAGCGCCUAGUCAGAGUGAAUCAAACCAGGCCUCCAACGUUGGACAAAAACAGCGCACGGGAUCUGAGACGGUUGAAAGAAACGAUAUCAAAGAAUGUGCUGUGUCAGAGAGGCGGCGAUACGAUGCCUCCAGCAUGUACGACAUGGACAGAAGGGGUCGGCUGCCUCAGCGUUCCUUCCACGGCCCGCCGCGCGCCGGGGUCUCCUCUGCCACCCUGGACCGGUUCCGCAGGUCCUCCGUGACCCCGGACCGUUUUGGAGGGUCCCUGGACCGGCGGCGUUCUGGGUCGUCUCCCUCCGGCGACGAGGCCGAGCUGGCGCUCCUCAGGGACACCCUGCUGUCGCCCGGCGCCGGCACUCGCGAGGACUCGCCGGAGGGAUAUCGGGCGGGCGUGGUGCGUCUGCUGCGUCUCAGUCGCCGCUCAGCCGGCUUCCAGCAGCUGAAGCCGAACUUCCAGGCCCUGCAGAGGCUGACUGAGACGGGUCCGCCGGCGGCCGAGCUGCGCCAGCUGGCUGAGGGCCACGUGCGGUCCCUACUGGAGCAGCUGGAGCAGCAGCAGCGGCAGCGUCAGCAGGAGCUGCAAGGCGCUGGGGACCGCAGCAGGGCCAGCGCCCGCUGGUCCGGAGACGUGGGUCUCAGGUUCCGCGGUAGGUCCGUGGAGGACCUGAAGCGGAUGUUCGCUGCUCAAUCAGAGUCCCCCGCUCGCCCGGAGCCCCGCUCGAGGUCAGCGUCUCAGUCGCGCCGCGGAUCCUGCAGCUCAACCCUGACCCAGUCGCAGGUGGGAAGACUGCGGCAGCAGCUGCAACAGCUUCACAGCGCUGACGGGCCGAGACGAGACGUCACCAGCCCCACCUCAACCCGAUCCGGGUACUCAGUUGAGGUCACAGACCUAGGCGGCCUGAGUAACGUGUUGCCGGUACGACCGCCGCCUCCGCAGCCACCUGUACGGUCUCACACAUCAUACUCCCUGAGAUCGCGGUCCACAACACUGCCCUCCGUAUCGUCCUCGGCUUCGUCGCAGCCUCCGGCGGCUGGUGAGGACCGCCACCAGCUAGUGGAACGAUCGGAGCGCCUUCGUCGACUCCGCGAGGAGCGUGUUGGACGGCCGAUGACGUCUGCCCAAACAACCACCGCUCCUCCGGCACGGCCCUCAGCAGAGAGCUCUUCGCCACCUGACGCCGGCCUGUCCCCGCACCUUCCAAACCAAGUACAGAAACCUCCGCGGGUCAGGGACAUACCAGACGACGGGUUCCGCUCUCUGCCGAGCAGCUCUCGUCUGCGGCGCCAGCGCGCCAUGGCCUCGAUGCAGUACAUUCCGCACCGGACUGUCUCGGAGCAGCUGAGAUCUGCUGCUGAAGCUGCUGCUGGUGAUGAUGGUGGAAUGGGUGAUGAGGGAGAUGGACCACCAGGCGCGCGUGUAAGACCAAUUCCUCCAGAGCUGCGCAGGGAGGCCCGGGAGACAUCUCACCGCUCCAGCGCGCCACCGUCGUUGUCUUGGGACGUGUCGGAUGCACGGAGGAAGCCUCUCCCCACACCUCGCUCCCUGGAUGAGGCUAGCGGUGAGGCUCAGGUCGAGUGUAACCACCGGCCGGAGCCGGAUCCACCGCGACGUCGGAGACCUUCGGUGAAGAAGAUGCUGCUGUCCGGGUUCAGCAGUCUGCGCAGGAAGUUUAGGAGCAGGAGUGGCAGCAGGAAGAGGAAGGUGGAGAACGUGGUGGUUGUGAAGUUGUCCGAGAAUGGAGCUGGUGCUCGAGUUGAGGGAAGAGAGAGGCGAGCAGGAAACGAACAGCGUCCCACCCCAGCUCCUGUGGUGGAGACUAAGGUGAUGAAGGUGGACGCAGCGACUUCGACCAUCGCUGACACAAACGUGAAGCGCGUGGUGGAUUCGACUCACCGCGUCCGAACUGUCGGCCAUGUUGCCACUGGCCCCAGCGCCCCUACCGGCCGCGCGGGACAGCCCAAGUCGCGCCGGCCGCCGCCAGAGGUCUCGCUGAUCGGCCAGAUGUUCACCUCCAGCCCCGAGCUGGCUGAAGUGGAGAGUCUGACCCGGGUGUGGCGCCAGACUGGUGGCCCCGCUCUGCGGGACGAGUUCCGCCCGGUCAGCAACUUCUCGGCACGCACUGACGGCAGCGCGCCCGGCUCGUCUGUAGUGGCCUCGACACCAGUUCCUCCGUCGGAGAGCUCGGAUUUCUCAGCCGUGUGGCGCGGCCCGGCUGAGAUGGACUGGUCCAUACACCGCCCCAUUGGGCGGUACGUGCCGGACGCCGGACCACCGGGUGGUUCUACUGGGCCGAGUGCCCCGUGCGGGUACCGGUCCCUACCGCGGCCCCGGGCGCGCCGCCACCCACCGCCGCCGACCACAGGCUCCCUGCCGAGACCGGUACCCCGCCGAACACCCUGCCCAUGCUGCACCCAGCCGGGAGGACACCGGCGCGGCGGCGAGACGUCCGCCGGAGACGGCGCAAGUCGCAGCGCGGCCGGGCCGCGGUACCAGGAGGCGGCUGUGAACAUCCACUAUCGCUCGCCGGUACGAUGGGAGGAGAAGGAGCCGCUCUCGGAAGACGAGCUUCGCAGGCGGCAGGAGGACACGAUGAGGAGGGCGUACGAGGAGGCGCGCCGCAGGAAGGAGGAGCGCCAGGCCGAGGACAGGGAGAGCAGGAGGCACGGAGACAACUUCACUCCCAGCCAGAAGUCGCCCAUCCCGCUGGAUCGGUAUGAACGGCUGUUUGAUGACGUCACUGAUGACCGCCGGCCGACGCUGACCGCAUCCGUUCUUCACGAGUUCCGCGCCCAGAACAACCGCGAGCUGAGCCUGUCGCGCGGGGAGACGGUGCGAAUCAGACGGAAGAUCGACUCCAACUGGUACGAGGGACAGAAGGGGACCCGCAUCGGCAUCUUCCCCGUCACCUAUGUGCAGGUCAUUGACCCCCGGGAGCGGUCAGCAGACCGGUGGUCGUCCCGACCUCAGGUCAGGGCGAAACACCGCUUCAGUGCCCAGUCGGCCAUGGAGCUGUCACUCAAUAAAGGUGACGUGGUGACAAUUCUGCGCCGGGUGGACGACAACUGGUACGAGGGUCGCCGUGGGGACGCCACCGGCAUAUUCCCGGCCAGCUAUGUGGAGCCGCUCACCGCCGACCACUGCGACGGUGGCCCGCGUCAGAAGCCGGUGGGUGCUCCGGCUGCCCACGGUCUGGUGAUGGACGGUCUGUCUCUGCGUGCGCCCGGGGAGCGAGACCAACUCAGGGCGCCCGGGGAACGCGAUCAGCUCAGGGUGGACGUCAAACAGAACACCAUGCUGUACCGCGUAAUGUUCCCGUACCGGCAUCAGAACGAGGAUGAGCUGGACCUCGAGGAGGGCGACAUGAUCCAGGUCCUGGAGCAGUGCCCAGAUGGAUGGUACGUGGGCACCAACAUGCGGACCGGUAUGUUUGGAACCUUCCCCGGUAACUACACCCGGCGUAUGUGACGUCACACACCUCACUAGAUGACGUCACACCAACACCGCCCCGUGGAGGAGCGACACACAGGGAGACAAGUGAACCCAGCUCGUCGGCGCGGCCUUUACCGUUGUCAUUGCAACGCAGUGUGCGACGGUCUGCGAGGCAAACUUUUGACAGAGAAUUGUAAUACUGCGUGCAGUUAGCAAGUUCGAUUUAGUGACAGGACAUUACCUAAUAUGCAUUUUGUCACCUUGAACAUGGUGAAAGGCAGCGAAAUUUGAUUUGCUGGGGGUGUCGUCACGUGUCUGUAAGUGGUUUUGCUAAUGUACCGAGCUAAACACGGAUGAAAGAAGUAGUUAGCUGUUCGAGGAUACGAUUUCCGAGUGGCACGAAGCGCAACGGAGUGUGAAAAAAUGAGACUUCUUGCUAUGAAACAUGAUCGGCAGACAUAUAUUGUUUAUUGGCGAUUUUCUCUCGAACUUGGUGUGAAUGGAAGGCCGUGUUAUGAGCUGAUGUUGUUACGAGAAGCUGUAUUUUAGCGAGAGUUUAUCGCAAGAGGCUGGUGCACUUCAUAACUGCGACUGUUUAGCUAGAAUUAAGAGACUUGUACAGAACCUGACCCUUACUUCACACUACUAAACUGAGUGCUACGAGUGUUUUUCUAUGCAUAAUCUGAGUACCUAUGGAUAAUACCGUAUUUAACUGUCAACGAAGGCAACUGCAAAGUUGCAGCUUUAUAAUGAACUGGACUUCACCUGAUAAUUGUAUGUACAAUGACUAGACUUUGCACGUAGUUAGGGCUUAGGGCCGAUACGAAACAUGUGCGAUUAUUGAAGAGUCGUCAACGGCUCUACGUGGCUGAGAUCAGGACAAUAAAUGCACCCCAUGCCGGCCUCUGGCCGCACCCGGCUGCACCCAACAUGCACCCGGGCUGGCACCCCUUCUGAACGUGGGUGUCACCCUGUUUUUAACGGUAAAGGCCGUGUUUUGCACUAGUCACUGCCCAAAGACGCACCCAGGAAUGCACAGUGCUGCGUUCGAAUAGACGGCUUGUGUGUCUAAGAUUGUAGUUAUGUGGGUCUUCUGUGCUCUUUCUUUUUGCGUAAUAUCUUCUUCUAGCUACUUAUUAGUUACCCGUGACUGUGACUCGAAAAAAUGCGCGUAGAUCACUACAGACGCAUUGUUGACACGUCAAAUGUACUUCAUGUUACGUCGAGAUCUGUCACGUCCGGUUGUUGCAUCUCGAGCUCUUCCAGGAGUUACCCAGGGUAGUUCACCGUCCCCCCUACUGAACGUAGUAGCAGCACGUGUAAAUUCCACUAGUUCACCCUCCUUCGCUGGCCUUUGUCUAUUUCUAAUGACGAGUUGGCUAAAUAUAAGGCGAAAUCAA